AUGGCAUUUUUAAACACUCUAUACAAUGGAUAUCAAAAUCUUAAUUUGCUUAAUUCUCUCCAAAUUGCAGAAUUACCAUCCUUUUCAUUAUUCUAUUCUGCUUGCCAAAAAUGGAAAAGAUUCUCAGGCUCUGACCUGAAGAAGCAGACUUUUAUAUAUCUUCAGAUGAUGAACCAUUGGAAGUAACCUUUACUUAAGGCCGUGAUGUGGGAUUUGAUAAACAUGACACAAAUUUGA